UAUUUGGUUAUGGCGCCCUCUAUUUGACUGAAUCCGUAUCCCAUGAGGGCGUGCUGUAACGUAAACGCAAAUUUAGUCGGUUCGAGCAUCGAGAAAAUGGCAGGAACCGUGCGACCAAGUGUAAAAAUAGGGGCUGGUGCAGUAGUGUGCGUGGAGGCUGAACUCCGUGGUGAUAUUACGAUAGGUGCCAGGACCGUGGUGCAUCCUAAGGCACGGAUCAUCGCCGAGGGAGGACCCAUUGUAAUUGGAGAGAGUAACUUGAUUGAGGAACAGGUGGUCAUCAUCAACAGGCAAACUGAGGGCUCGCCAACUAAGGAGGGCGGACAGAAGAUGGUGAUUGGGGCUAACAAUGUCUUUGAAGUUGGCAGCUGCUGCGAAGCACUUCGUGUCGGUGACAACAAUGUUAUUGAAGCAAAAGCUGUGGUAGGACGAGAUAUCGAGCUCAGCAACGGCUGCGUGAUUGGCGCGUUCUGUCCGAUCACGAGCAGUGAGACCUUGCCAGAGAACACCGUCAUUUACGGUGAGAAGUGCGUGCGGAGGGUGCAGGCCGAGAGGCCGCAGGCACAGACUCUCCAACUUGACUUCCUGAUGAAAAUCUUGCCAAACUACCAUCAUCUGAAGAAGUCGACUCGGCCUAAAAACCCGGAGAAAUGAACAAAUGCUCAUGAGACCUUCGAGUUGUGGAGGAGGAGAGUCUCGAGAGGGACACAAAUAUUCAAGGUGGACCAUUCCUUCAAUUUGUUCAUGUUGUUAUUUAUUUUGGUUUUGGAGUUCUUUCAAAGCAUUUUGAGCAUUUCCCACUUUUUGUUGUUUUGGAAAUGCUCUGCUGUUAAUAUGCAUGUCAGCAACCUCUGAGAAGUACUUUGUUAUUUUCUCCUGUGUCCCUGGAGCGAAGGGAAAUGUUUGAUAAUUGGGAUAAUACGCGGAUGUAAUGCUCGGAAACCUGAAUUGACCUGCCUUUUCUACGUCAUACAUCUACGUCUCUUAUGGACAGCUGCCUGCCUUUCAUGUGAUACGAUUCCUUCGCUUGACGUUUGGAAAUUUUCGUUCAACUGAAACGUGGAAUGUUCUUUAACCCGAACUGAACUUUGCAACUGGAACUUGCAUCUAACAUCUGCAAUGUUGCUUGCCAAAGAGAUUCACCCAGAAAUCUCAAAAAGCAAUGAAAUAGUUCUAGCGAUUGAAUUUUUUUUCCCUAACCCUAUUCAAUGCAACAGAAGGUGACAAUGGUAAAAUAGUUGUUGCAUCUUGUUGCAUUUAGCAGGGUAACUGCGAAUAGCACCAUGGCAGAUACAACAGAAUCCACACUUUUGCAGUUUGUUGCAUUUAGCAGGGUAACUGCACAUAGUACCAUGGCAGAUACAACAGAAUCCACACUUUUGCAGUUUGUUGCAUUUAGCAGGGUAACUGCACAUAGUACCAUGGCAGAUACAACAGAAUCCACACUUUUGCAGUUUGUUGCAUUUAGCAGGGUAACUGCGUAGUGCUAAGGCUGGUGUAUAGCGAGUUCACUGCACAGUGCAACAGAAUCCACUGUUGCAGUUUGUUGCAUUUAACAGGGUAUCAUCUCAGCUGUGUUGCAUUCUGUUGCAUUUAGCAGGGUGCCUAGAGAAAACGUGAUGAGGGUUAACUGAAAGGUACUCGGGCUUUGGUAUGGACAGAGUUGAUCUACAAACUAUUACUGUGGUAUCAGUCUUCUUUUGUUUUUGUUUUUUUAAAUUGAAUCAACUGAAUGUACAUAUCACAUUUGUGAUGAUAUAUACGAUGGUUUGUGAAGCAUUGAUAUUAAGUUUUGGAGAGCUGCAGCAAAUUUGAGGUCAUUCAGAAAAAAAGUCAUCGAAUGUCCGAUAACGACCGUCUGAACUCGUCUGCAACAUUAUUGGAUGAUGGACAGCCACAUUGGCAAGGGUAUACAUGUACGUAGUUCAUAGUAACAUCACACCACACUGGCUUGACUUGUGAUACAAGCAACAUAGAUUGCUGUCAGAUUGUAUAACGCGAGUAAUUUAGUUGAGAAAAUUGUCUGGGUAUUUUCUUACCGUGUCGCGGUGAGUCAGAAUGACAUCCCGCCUGAGGCCUGAGGGUUGCUAAUUAUCAGAAGAAACUUGUUAAUUUUUUUUUCUCCCGAUGACACCAAAAAAAAAUCUAAGAUUUGUGAUCUGCUGAGACAUUAUGAGUCUAGCUAUGUUUUUUUAUGGGGUGCCAAAUUGUUGAUUUCGAACAAUUUGUAGUUUCAAUGUCACUUUGGGUGUUGCAGUGGGUAUAUUUAUUUGAAGAAAAAGUUGGAACUUGUUUUAAGAUGUUCAAGAAUCUUAAGUCAGAAUCUUGGGCUUUCAGAAGUACUUUUAAUCAGGUGUAAACUUUAAAAAUGUCAUUGCUGAACUGUUCCAAAGUACAUUUAUUUGGAAUUGUUUGUUGCAAGUUUUGGUCAUUUUUUUUUUUAAUUUAUUUUAUUUUCUGUAGUUUUAUGUCUAUCUGUUGACAUCGUAAAUACCAAAUUCUAUGAAUAUUCAUUCCUGCGCGGUUACAAUAUUGGUACAUGUAUUUGAUGGGGUAUAUUGGUAAUGCAUGUGUACAUUGCAGCGAAACUGUAUUAAAAUUUGGGUACUCUUAAAGUUGCGUUCCCCAUUUUCUUAAAAAAAAAUUCAAUUAAUUUUUGUUCUAUUAAUUUCAACUUGUUUGUUUGAUUCCAACCAAUAAACCUCAUUCCCCCCCUCCCCCCUUUAUUUUGGACGUCUGCAAACCUCUGAAAAAAAAGGGGUUUUGUCUUGGGCACAAAUAAAUCUGCUAUGCGAGCAGACUGGCCCCCAGUCCCUACAUUAUCGCUAUUGACCAUUGGGCAGGAACCAGCCUACCCGUGAAAACAGGAAUCAUAGUCUGGCAGCCAAUAACUCAAAAUUGUAAGGAUUACUCACCAACUAAACGCGGGCCGAUUGUUUUACGGUCAAAGUCUCAUGCAAAAGUGAAUCAUUUCUGAAUCGCUGGAAAAAUAGCGAUUUAAAAAAGGGAAUCAAUUUUUCGGGAUGAAACUCAAAAAAUUGCACGGGGAAUGCAACUUUAAGUGCAUGCGAGUGUGGAAGCAUCCCGGUCACGGGCUGAAUUAUUCCAGUAAUUAUAACCUUGCAUUAGUCUGUACACGAGUAGCUUGAAGUCAGUCAAGUAGAUUUAAUACGCUGCUACCCACUCCCUUAUCCCCUGAAGCUAUAAGGCUCCUUCCCGUAGUAUUUAUUUUGUAAUUAGUAUGUCAUACAACCCUUUCAAGGCAACAUUACAUGAUGGAGCAAAUAUUAAAACUCAGAAUCCGUUAGUAAUUUGA